AUGUCGGCUCCUGAGUCUCCCGAAUUUUCCAAGGCCCUGAUCGAGGUCAAGCAGUUGACCAAGAAGCCUAACAACGACGACCUUUUGCGCCUCUACGCUCUUUUCAAGAUUGGCAAGGGCUUCGAGUUCAAGAAGUCUGAAGAGCCUUCUCGGUUCUCCUUCGAGGCCCGCGCCAAGUGGAAGGCCUGGGAGGCCGCCUACGAGGAGGAGGGCAUCACCGACCCCGCCGAGGCCCAGAAGAAGUACGUCGAGCUCGUCGAGGAGCUCAAGGUCAAGUACGAAUUCGACCCCAACAAGACUCCCGAGUAAAUUGUUCUUUACAAACUCUUGCGAAAGAGAGGAAUCAUGGCGGGUUUUU